GCAGCAGGCUCGCGCGGACUCCCUGCAGCCAAUCACAGCUCCCAUUUGACAGGCUCAAUAAAGUUCGCUUUUCUCUUCUCCGCCGUUUCUCUUCUCGUUUCGGGGGAAACCGCGUUGCCGUGUUUUUCGGAGCCAAAGAUGUGGAACUGGCAGCCUGCUCGAGAAAUAAACUACACGUAUCGUCUCAAAGCGAGAGAUACGAUCAACAACAAGAGCGCGUUGCUGUGAGAAUAGAGGAAAAUGUAUCUAUGGCGCCUCUCCAUCGCCAUAACGCUGGGCUUGGUGUGGUAUUUUUCAGACUGUGGUCGCACAGUAACUCAGUACUUUCUCUGCUUCGUCUUUUGUUUCACCACUCCGCUUUUAUCUGGGAGCAUAGGGCGAGAGAGCAGCACUCAGACUGAUGAAGAGACCGAGGAAAACUCACCGCAGGUAUCAAAAUAAACUGAAGUAACCUAUUGCACUGCAGGUUUGUCUGUAACUCCAGGAAAGAGUCGCUACUACGGGUACAGUUUCAUUAUCAACACUGAGCCAUCCUUCAUUGAGUGUAAUUAUAAUGCAUUUAAGAUGUCCACCAGUGUAAACGUUAAUUAGUUAAAACCAACAUUAGAUUUGUGGGAGCAUUGAUUUAAACUAAUUAUAAACUGGUACUCUUGUUUGUCUUGUUUUACUUACACUCUGUCUGUGAGGUGACUUAAAAGUGAAAAACUAAGCAUUAUAACUCAUAGCCUCAGGCCUGGAAAACUUGUUUUGAUUCCUCACAUAGCUCACAGGGGCCACAAGUUCAGCAGCCUGUUGGAUUUUUAACUAUUUCUCUUUACUUUUACACUGAUAUCAACUCCUUUGUUGUUAUUAUUUUCCAGGGGGAUGGAGACGGAGAGCUGUUUGCUGAUUUGAUCGAUGGAGAAGGCAAUGAGCAGCAUGCUGAAUCAGCAGAGUCUGAGUAUCCACAUGUAAAGAGGUCUUUACAACAGGGUGAGGCUUGUUUUUAACAUUUAAUGUGCUUCUAAGUGGUGUACACAUGGUUGUCUACGCAAGGUGGACUCACUGUUUGCAGAUGUUUCAAUCCAUUGUCAAAAAUCAAGAUUCUGCUCUUUGCUGAAGGGUGUUUUCUUUGCAAACCAGCUCUGUUUUGACUUGACACAGUUGAAAAGGACAGUUUUUCAUAGACACAGCUGGAACCGGAGCUCAUGUUACAUGAAGUGAGGAGGGGCAUGAAAGAAAGAGAUGAAAAACACACCCUCUCUAAAAGAUCGAUGACUGUCAUGUGUUCAACAGGAAGUAGGGUCUGGUUUAAAUAUCUCACAGUGCGAUCAGAGGAGUCAAGAGCCCAUAAAUUAUGUUAGUGCAUUUCUCGAUUUUAAUGUUUAAAAUCAGGCCUUUAAAAGCAUUGAGGAACUGUAACUUUGAAAAAUGACAAAUAAGCUUCUUGGCCCUGAAAUGCUUCGCUUGUCAGCCCUAAAAAUAACUGUGGUAUUCAAAUGCAUGAGCUACAAGUCAUCUGUGGCUUCUUUUUCUUGUUUCACACUUUUUAAACUGUCUUUCACACCACAUGCACAGUGUCAUUUUUUCCGGACAAACUCAGAUCUAAGUCUAACUUCUCACUUUUGUUAAUUUAAUUCAGUACAAAGCAGCCAGCAGCUCUAAAACAUGGCAAACAUGGUGCAGGCUCUUAAAACACGCACAAUUUGUGAGCAAUUUUCUCCCAGGAAGUUGUAAGAACUUGAAUUAUUUAUGUUGCUCUCUCAAGAAAAUGAUAGUGUUAUGUUCAGAAGAACACAACUGAUUAAUAGAUCAUUUUAAGUCAAUCCAUCUCGCAGGAAUCACAAACUUUUUUCUUCUAAUAAACCUUAUUUUCUCAUAAUAUCAAGAUAAUUUCCCAGUGAUCUUAAAAACAAAACUGCCAUUUCUGACAUUCUUCAAGUUAGUGUAGCCCAUAGAUUGGACGCCGUCUGCCUCCUCGCUGGGUGGAGCCACUCCGAGACCAGGACACCCUGGUGACAGGCUGCAGUAUAGGUCAUAAAUCCCACCUCCUCCAGCAAAGCUUAUGGGGCUGUGGACAAAGUUAAGAAAUUUACUACACAGGAUAUAAUUUUUCCCUCCCUGUUAGCGACAUUGAUAUGUAGUUACUGUAAGACUGGUUUGUGCUCAAGUCCUCUUUUUUUCUGUACAGCUCCAUUUUUAAAAGUUAUUAGGGGGUUCCUGUUUUCUAUGAUUGACACUUGAUGCAGCCUAUGGGCGUACGAAGGUUGCGUAGCUCACCCAGGGAAUACGCUGUUUGAGCCGAGCAUCAUCACAGUGACUCUUGGCGACUCCCCCGCCGAAUGCGUACAACGCUACUGUGCAAUGUUUGUUUCAGGAAGUGGAGAAAAAUCACGGAAAUACUGAGAGCUUUUCAGCUUCAAAUCCGUAUACUGGCGGAAGGCGGAACCAAGUUGUCCAUAGUAAAUACAGUCUAUGGUGUAGCCUAAUUUGAUUUUGGGUUUGAGUUUGUGAAUCAUUAGAUAUUUAGUUAAAAUCUGCAGAAAACAGCUGAAAUAAACACAUUUUGUCACAGAAAAAUGGAGAAUAAAACAGUUUGUUUUGGAUGCACGUUCACCUUGAGCCUCUGUAGCCUAUGACAAGUGGCGUAAUUACAUUUCAGCAUGUUUUUCUGACAGUUCUAUUAAGUCUAACCAGAGUAUAAAUAACUCUCUUUCAUACAAAAAAAAGGGCAGUAAAAAAAUACUUGUAUCUCAUUCUACCUGAUGGAUAAAUGAUGUCCUGUUCUCCAAAAUACAACAUAUCCACUGUGUUUACCUGUGAAUAAACCCUUGUGUUCAGAGUAAAAUCCCGUCACAGGUAUUUGUACUGAGUUUUAAAAUGACAAAAUUGUACAGGACUUUGUCAAAAAUGCUUUAAAUUCGCUGCACCCCUCUAGUUUGAAGUUGAGGAGGAUCUGUGAGCGUGGGAGAUUGGUGUUAAUACGAAUUUCCUUUGUGUCUCCUCUCCUCAGUGUUUGAGUGCGCCUACGCUCAGCUGGUCCUGCCGUGGUACAGCGUUCCCGAGCCGCCUGAGUGCCAGCCUCUCCACCAGGUACUCAGCAGGGAGGUUGACUUUGUAAUCGACCGGAUCAUUGAGAAAGCCAAAGACUUUGAUGUUUGCCAGGCGGUGGUGGGCUCCAUUCGGAUUCUGACCCAGCACUUGCAUAAUGCUCGGCAGACUGAGAGGUGAGACUUUACCCCUUUUCCUCGUUUAAUGAGAAGUCUUGCUGCCUCAGUUACUCUUUGUACUCAAUGAUGUAUCUUAACUCAAUAAAGUCCCCCAUAUUCUUUUUACCACCUAUUAAUAAUUCACCUCACUUUAAUAAAAUAAAAAGUACCUCAGAUGACAUCAUGAGGAUUUUUACUCUACUAGAUCUUGUCACAUGUUGUUAAUCCCAUCAUAUUACAGAUUUAGAUGCUUCAACUAUCAAAAAUCCGGUGUGAUAAACAUCUUUGAUCUGAUGUUGAACAUUUUCCUGUUUGUUUCAGAGAGCUUUUGUUCACAUCCAGAGCAGAUGAGAUUGCAGUCCUGCGAGAGUUCUCUGAUGCCCUGGUACGUAACCUUUUCCCAAAAUCUCUCUGGGGCCAAGAAGUCAACCGCUGUGCCUUAAAUGAGAUCAUUGCCAUAAAGGGUAAGGAAGCUGUAAAUUCUCUCUUAUUAUGCAGAAAUAGAGCCUUACAUAAGUGCUAAGCCUCUCAGGACUGCCUUUUCUCAAACCUGAAUCGUAUGUUAUCCUUUAUUGUCAGUGGCAUUAUAGAGCUUAAGACGUGAUUUUCCUGGUUAUAAAAAAGCAGGCGCUUUCCACGCUGAUUAGCUGUUUCCCAUUAGGGUUAUGUGUUUAUUUUUUGUAACGGAUAAAAUGUCUCAUCUUGCUGAGCAGGAGGUUUUUGCAAUUAUGCUUCGGCCCUGUUACAAUAAGUGAUUCGAGCAGCUGUGGUUAAAUAAUGAUAUGCAUGCCCAGAUUUCUCUUAAUCUUGGCAGCUAGGAGCGGAUCAUUUCAGAUUUUCAACAGUUGGUUCAUUACUCAGAGCUCUGCUGUGGAGUUACAAUAAUAAUCCUGAUAUUUUUUCAUGUAGUUUAUUAUUCAUAUCUUUGUUUUCCUUAUUAAUGAACAGUUAUUUGACUUUUUUGAAAAUCAUUUUCACCCUUUUUUCGAGUGGUCAACAGUUUUUUAAUAGCCAAAGUUGACACUGAUAAUGAGAGAGCAGACUGACCACUGACAGAUAUAUAAUACAGAUAUCUUGUUGUUGUUUCGCAUUUGACAAAAUACAUCAAUUUGAAAAUCCUUUUUAAUAAGAAAGAGCUGAACUUGAAGUGAACGUUUGAUUAAGUAAGUGCAGAUGACGAAAUGUUUGGCUCAGUAAAAUAUCGCCUGAAGGGAGUUUUGGAUUUCUGUCCAGCUAUCUGAAGUUACUCAGAAAAAGAAAGAAGCAAGUCAUGUUUAGAUUCAUUAUUCCAUCCACAUUACAAUCUGAUAUAUAUGGUUAUCUUAGCAAGUAGCAGGUUUUCGCUGGAUAUUUAAUGAAUGAAUGAAAAUGGCAAAUACAUAAAUGAGGUUAUGCCAUAGUUUUCAGAGUAAGGCAAAUAUUUCUAUCAGUACUCAAAAGCUUUAUUCUUUACACCAUAACAGAAUUUAGACGAAAACACCAGCCAGUCAAUGUUUUAGAUUUAAUAUACAAUCAACAGGGAUGGAAAAAAAUGUAUUUACAUGUCAUGCACACAAAAUAAUGGGGAUAUCAGCCUUGUGAGAGCCAGUGCCGAUGUGAUGUGAAUUUGUCAAAAUGCCAUUAAUUUGACUGAUUAAUCAAUCUAUCUCUACUGUCUGCUGUUGUCUACUCAAAGUAUAAGAGGUGAAUUCCAAGGUCAAUAUGUAAGGGAAACUUUCUUUUACAGUGAGCGGGACACAAAGUAAACCAGAGGUCUCAUCUUUGUAUUUUUAAAGCCGUCUGCUACUUCUUAGUAUUUAUUGCUUAUAUUCUUACCAUUUAGACAGAUGUGUACCUCACAUUUUCUCUCAAAAAUAGAUAGAAAAUCGUGGGAAAUAUUUUAUUUUCCUGGUGCAGUUUUAACAGUUUGUUAAUUAGAGUGCGUUUAAGGUCCUGGUGGGUGGAUUUGGUUUCUUUGUUGCAGAUUUAAGUAAGCUGUUGCAGACUUAAUUAUUGGUUCGACCAAACAGCAGCUGCUGCUAAAUCAUAUCAGGAGAGCUAAUUAACUUAACGUAGAAGAUGUUUAAUUCUCCCUGUUUGAAACUGUACAUUUUGGAAAUUAAAGCUGACUGUAGGUGUAUGAAGAUGAGUCAUAAUGUAAAACCGUCAGUCCCUUUAGUGUGUAUUUGCGUAAAAAACACACUCAGCGGGUUGAAAGUGUUAGCUGUUUUGUUUCAACAGGAUUUGGUCUAUUGGUGAUGUGGCUGUCCGACCCCGACAACCUGAACCAGCUGGUGGUGAGCCAGCUCGACAGCUCAACUCCCAAAGGCUCUGUGGAAGAGCUGUGUGGAUCAGACCCAGAUCAGACUUCUCUGGCUUCACAGGAGGGUGAAGGAGAGGGCAGUGAAGUGUAAGUGCCUGUCAUCUAUUGCACAAGGCUAGUCUGGCCUGGUCAGACUGAGCCUUAAGGCAACGACCAUGUAAGAGCCACCAUCUGUGUUUUAAAUUGGCGGUGGCCUUGUUUUCACUUAUUUUUUAUUUAUAUUUUUUAGGAGUUUGGAGGGUGCAGGGAUUUCAACCAGUGCCAGAAUCAAGGCCAAGAGAAAAGGUGUGUUUUCUGUAAUUAAAAAAUUCAAUCAGUCCAAAGCUCUGGGACACUUUCACCUGUAAGAUCAGUAAAUGUUAAACAUAACUGUUCAUCUUUUAAAAAGAUUUUUGGUGUUGAAACAUUUUAAAUGAGUUGGAUCAAUCCUUGAGAAACAGAUACGAGUUUGCAGAUGUCGGAGAAUAAAAGCCUUUACUUGCAUAACAACUUGUUCAACAGUUUAAUGAAUAGCGAUCUGUUUACGGCUGUCUGACAUAAUGAUUUCCUCUACCAGUCCUACCUUCAGAUCAUGAUUAAUUCCCUGUUUCUAUUAUGUUUGUUAAGACAGCUAAUUAUACGAAUACAAAGCUGAAUGCCAAAGGCUGCCUUCUGACGGCUCUUAUCUCUUUAAUUACAACCACUUUAACUGCGCAGAAUUGAUGAGUGAAUAGGCCUUGAUUAUGCAAUGAUAAUGGAUCCUGUAAUGUGAUGUGUAAAUUCCCUUCAAUGGCCCCAUCACUGUUUUAUCAGGAACAAAUGUAGGUUUGUAAUAAUACUGUUAUUUUUCUAUUUAAAUGGUUGAAUGUACAUUUUUCACUGUCUCUGCCCAUAACUCAGAGGAGAACUACUAAUGAGCUACUCGAGCUCUGAAGAUGAAAAGCCUUUGAAAAUGACACAGGUGAUGUGAUUUUGGCUAAAAACCACAUAAUCACAAUUCAAAGACCUUUGAGAACACUUUAGAUGGUAAAACAAAAAGGGUCGGAGUGAGACCUUAAUGUGGGAUGUGAGGCUAAAAUAUACAUGUUGCACUGGUAGAGUCAAAGCAUGUACCGAAGCGAUUUGGCUGGCAGAAUUAUGGGUCUGACCUCAAACUAAACUCCAACAACAGAAAGCAUAUUUUGGGACAUACAAUUCACUUUUCUAGUUCGACCCAUGUUCUUUCUGUUUUAAUGGAGGAAAUAGGCCACUGCAAUCAGCCACUAAGGGGUUCUUCAAGGUUUAUGACGUCCACUCAAGAUGGCCAUUUGUACCAUCCAUGUUUUUAUACAGUCUUUGAAUUUUAAGAUCAAAGCUAAAGAUGAAUGUAUUUCCAUUUAAAUCACAGUCCGAUCAUUUGAUUAAGAAUAUGCCUCAGGAGCAUCAAACUCCUUCUAGUGCUUUCUAAUGCUGUGCUGCAUUGUUUACAGCGUAAAUAACAACUCCAGACGUGACUGAGUGUUCAGAUAAAGCAAAUUCGCCCCUCUGAAUGCUGUCAAAACCAGCCCUUAUUCUGUCUUGGUUAAGUACAUCCUCUGGUCUAUUUGUCUGUUACCGGUUAGUCUUGGUUUCACGGUAAGUUACACAUCGACUUGGCCUGACAGAGAAACAGAUUUUCUUGUGGUUUUAUUACAAUCGAUGAGUCUUUUGUUUUGUUUUGCAGAGAAUAACAUUUGAUAAAAGCAACUUUCACAGUGUUUAUUUGAUGCUGAUGUCUUUAAAUAGAAAAAAAUAAAUCAAUUAUUAAAUUGACGCAGAAGGGAGCUGAGACUCCAUAUGGCAGGUUGUAUUGUGCUUGCAUACGCUGGAGCAUUUUUCUGAUGUAAAAUCUGUAUAUCAUUAUGUCACACAAAGAAUAUUCAAAAUAGUGUGUCUUUGGCGCAAUGAUGUUCACAGUAUAAAAAUGGGUGCAAAAUAAAAAGGUAAAACAAUGAACACAUGUACUCGCAUUUGGAUAUUUGUGUCAUGUCAUUUUCAGGCAACAAGCUAAAGGAAGGAUGGUCAAAAUUUGUGGACAAGAUGAAGUCCAAGAAGGCAAAGAAGAAGAAGAUGAAGAAGAUGGAGCAGGAGCUGGUGAUGAGGAUCAUGGCCAUCCAGGGUGAUGUGUCUAAUGAUGAUGAAGUCAGCAGCAGAGAGGGCUCCGUCUACAGUCAGGAGUCUGACAGGGUGAGUCUGUGUGUGUGUAAACACAAUUCACCGAAGAGGACAUGUGGUGAAAGAUGACGGCUUCAUUGCUGCUUUUUUAGGAGGACAGUGAUCUUGAGGACUACCUGACAAGCGUACAGGAGGACAUGAUGGAAUUCAAGCUGUCAUAUGAGAUGUGGCGCGUGGGCCGCUGGGCUGUCAGCAUCCCUCAUGUGAGUUAUAAGCAACAGAAGAGAGUGGAAUGUACCAGAGGGUUGUUAUCUGUCCGAGAAGCUCUGUAAAAGCUUGUCCUUGGAUGGUAUGUUAAUGUUUGAGUGGGAAGUUUGAGCUGGAGUGAACUGUGUUGCAGGCGUACUGGGAGGGGGAGGAGCUGACCUUCACCGUUCACCUGGAAGAGAAGGACAGUCCUGAGAACCUGCAGUGGGACAUCAAGAAGACCUACAUGGAUGUGAUCUACUUUCGCAACAGAUGGCAGGUAAAAAAAAAAAAAAAGAAGAGGGGAAAAAAUGUUCUCUCUGUUUAAUUAAAAAGCAUGAGACAGAUGUUGAUUACCUUUGGGAGCUGAAUUAUGUGGUCUUGUUUUGUGUGGCAGUGGUGUUUUGUUAUUUUCUUACUCCACUUAUUCCAGUCAGGGUACAUGAAAGAAAAACCUUUUGCAUUAUACAUUAUUGGUAAAUUUGACCAGAAGCUCUAGCCACCAAAACACCUUUAAAAACUGUUCAAAUAAAGAUCAGUCGUACAGCCUUUUAUAAAAGUAAGAUUACCGAGGGGAUUGUUGCCCAAAACUUUAUUCAGUCUAGAAUUACCUCAUGAAUGAAUGAAACUUUUAUUGCCUCCAGCUAGAAUCUGUUUUGCACCAAGAGUGUUGGAGAAACACCUACAUGACAAAGACACUAACAGCCAUACAUAACAAUGGAUAAUAAGCAUUAAAUAAGAUUAUUGAAAACACUUCACCUCCAGAGCAUCACAGAGUAUCCUCUGAGGAAUAUCUAUCGCCAAGCCUAACCAGGUGCACAGCACAAAGUCCAUACUGUAUCAGAGUGUUAAUAAUCAAUGAGCUACUAAAUCUCAAGACCUUACUCUGCAAGUAAAACUGGCCCGAGCUGAAGACCAGAUGUUUUCCUCCACAUUUUCCAAAUGCAAUAUUUAGCAUCUAAGAGAGGGCUCUCUGCAGACUGAAAAAAAUCCCCUUGGUAUUCAUUAAACUAUUUUUAGAAAGUGGAAUAAUAAUUUUGUACCCGUUAAGGCGUGCUUUUUAAAAAUCAGCUUUCUGUUAGCAGCUUUAACCUAACUGGUCUUCAUUUGUGAAACAUACCGAGUUUCUCAUGAUUUUAAAAUAUUUAAAUGAUUCAUUUCAAGUCUAAGUCAAUACACAAGGGAGAUAAUUUCAGGAUAUAUUAACAUCCUUGUUAUUAUUAUAGUAAAGUGUACAACUAUAUCCUUUUUGUUUUUAAUUUUCUCAAAUACUUAAACAUACUUUUCAGUGAGGUCAAUGAGUGUAGACUUCAAAUCAAAUCUCAUUGAGAGCCAAUCGCAAAGCAACGUAUUUGUUUAUCUAAAUUUAAACAGAUUUUGAGGGUAUUACAUCUUGAAAUGAAUCAACAUUACAUCUUUGUGAUCCAAAAAAAACCCAAAACAUUUGCACUUGAGGCAGAAGAAACAGAAGGUACCCAAAAGCUUCUUUCUUGAAAUGCUGGUUGAAGACUCAUACAGCUGAACUGCUCGCUUAAAAAGGUCAUCUGUUUGCCUGGGAAUUGUGUUUCGACACCAGUGAGCUGUUGUGCUUACAGUCUGUUCAGCAUGAAUCUGAUGGAUGAGGGAAACAUUGUUGUGAAAACAAACCGCUGUGUUUGUCUCUCAAGUCUAAGAUUCAACUUAGGUGAACCACAAACUAUGACUGCAGUCCUAUGGGAUCAAGUGCUGCUAAGUCUUUAUGCUGUCCUACAUAAACAUGUCUUUAUACCUUUUAAUCCCCUUUUUGGACCAGGAUGCCACCAGACUUCCAUCCAUCCGAGUGUUGGGGCCGUUUGAGGUCAAUGAUGCGAUUAAAGAAGAAGCGCAACUCUCAGUGGAGCAUUUCCUGCAGGUGACCUACGUGAAAAUACCAAAGUGUUGACAGAAACUCUUGACAAUCUCAAAACUGUUAAAAAAUGUGUUUCUUUUUCAGGAACUAGUAUCGGAUAGUCUGAUCGGUCACACUCAGCCAGUUUUUCAGUUUCUUUGUCCUCUUGACAAACUGCUGAAUGAGGAGGAACAUUAUGGAGGCGUGUGGGGCCUCCUCAGUGGCUUGGCUUACUUCCUGACUCCGGGUCAGGAAGAAGAAGAGGUGAAGUAUAACACAUCUGCUUUUUGUUAAGUUGACAACUUCUAUCGUUGUUUCUGAAUUGUGACAUCCUCACCACAUCCUCCAAACAUCUGAGGGGAAAAGCAUCUAUUAGCAGAAAUUUAUAUUUGCGAGACAACUGUGGUUAAUGUACAAAAGAAAAUGUCACAUUUAUAAACCCACAACAGUUUACGGACCCCUGUCGAACUUUGGCCUACUUUUUGAGGUUUUGCACACUUCCACUCUGCACUCUUUAUUACAUCCUUUCUUCUUUUCACUGCACUGCUGCUGCACGAACAUGAACAUACUUAACAUGCAUGAUACAAACAUUCAAGAAAUACUUCUCUGCCAUAACUAAGUGCCUUGAACUUAAACCCUCGAAGUCAAAGUGUGUGCCACGCUCUCAAAUGAAAAACAGUUGUGUUGCCGAUGUUUUCGCUAAGCUUGCCUGUCGAUGUGAUUUAUCUCCCAGUGCACACUGGAUUAUGGGAUUCAACAGCCAAAAGCAAGCUGACUAACAUGCUACAAAAUGUGACGGAGUGUUGUUGGAUUCCUGCUUUUAUUUCAUUUUUUUGCAUGCUUCAUGUGUUUGUGGUUAUUAAACUGUGUGGGCAUAUCAGUAAUUUAACUCUCACACUGUUUUCCUAAACCAAAGUUAUUAUUGACAUCAGUGGUUUUAUGUUUUCAAACCUUUUUUAAUGUGGUUGAAUGGCAUCAGAUGUUAGCUGGUAUGAGACUCCAGAGAGAAAAAAUGUCAAACAAAAGGUAUGAGGAGACAAAAAGUAAAGGGAUUAGCUUUUUAUCCUAAAUGCUGGUUGGUCUUUGUCAGAGUUUCAAGAUCUUAGCUGGAGAUCUUGAACGGAAAUAACCCCAAGCUGUCAGCUUUCAGUCAAGCUUUGUAAAACAUUUGUCCUACAUUUCCCACAAUACAACAAUAACCCAGUAGUCCUGGAUUAGAUCAAAUCGCUCUUCGAAUACCAUGUCUGUCACACUGCGCAUGACCUAUUUAUGCCAAAGACUAUAAAAAAUAUAAAAUGUUCAGGGUAACAUCACAAAUUAAUCAACAGGGUUCCCUUUUUCAAUCAUUUAAGUCAUCUAAAGAUACUUUUCACAUGAUGUACAGUUCCUCUUUUAAAGGGCAGCCUGAAAAUGGACUUACUGGGGAAGAAACUCCCACAAUCUCCUGGUGUUUGUCUUUGUGUUUCUCCAGCAGCUCAGGGUCAUCUUCUACAUACUGACGUUUUUUUUUUCUUUUGCAGAGCUCCAGUCCUCAAACAGAAGCUCCAAAAUUAAUCCCAACACCAACCUCUCAUCCAGAGCCCAUAGCUCUGCCCUCAGAAAACCUUGGUGCCUCAGCUGGGAGUAGCCAUGGUGCUCCUGCUUCUAUGAUCCCAACUAUCGUGAUCUCCCAGUUUGAUUCAUCGUCAGAGCCGCCUGAGGAGGCAAAAACAGAAAAUGAACCCCAGCCUGCAAAUGAAAGUCCUUCCCAAGACAAAGCUGAGGACUCUGAUAACCCCUUUACCUCUCACUUCAAAAUGAUUUUUAAAGGACUGACCCGAUCCAGGUCACAGGAGUCUCUGGUUUCAACAAAAUCAAAUGGAGAUGAUGACCCUCCUGAUACAGACUUGACACCGCGCUGCAGCCAGAAUGGAGGUCUGCAAGGGGACAGUGUAGAUGGCCCGUCGUGGCUUCAUUUCAGUGUGAAGUCAAAUAAAAAGGAGAAGAUAUGCUCCAAGGUGUCUAGUGGAGGAAACAAAGCCAAAGGGAAGGAUCAGGGCACUUCGCCAAGAGGGGAGGACUUGCAGUGUCAGAAGAGCCUGGUGAACUGGGAGCAGCUGGAGGCAACCAAAGCCAUAUUUGAUCUGCUCAAAGAAAUCUCUGGUUUGUUCAGCAUUCACACUCAAGGGGGAGAUUGUUGACGGCAUUUAAAAACCUCUGAAUCCUGCCAGAGCUUUAGCACACAGCAAAGAGUUAGCUGGAAAAUCUGCUGUCUAUUACUGCCAACAUUUUUUAAGCCCACUGCGGCACUUAAGAGUGAUGAAUGAAUUUCCACAAAAGUUUCGACAGUUUGUUGUUUUACUUCUGUUUACUCUUCUGACGAAUUCAGCCAGUGGAGACAUGAAACUUACUUCUCAAAGCUCAUAAUUUGCCUUGAGCGUUUGGUCUGCUUUUUUUUUUAAGCAUGAUGUGGUGUUUAAAACGAAAGAACAGGCUGUUUGGAUUUCUCUUUUGGGUGGUGCAUUCUUACGGUUUUGUCAUUUGGCACACAAGGAGCAGGAUAGAGUGUCAAAAAGAAACAAAGAAUGAGGAACAGAGUCAAGUUACUAUGCACUUUUUUUGUUUAUGUAAAUGCCUUAUUCUGUGGAAAGAUGAUCUGAAAUACUGAUGCAAGGGCGUGUGGGUAUGUGCAGUUAACCAAAUGAAUCACUCCUUCACCAAAAGCCUCAAUGAGAGAAAAUAACACAAUCUUAACUUAAUGGCUCAAUUGGAAUUUAUUAAAGGAUUUCAAAUUUUAAACAGGGACUGAGAUUAAGCGUAAUGGGACUUUAAUUAAAUCUUUAUUCAGCAACAUUUUUAACACUGAUUUAAAGGCCUCUAAUAGGGCCAAUUUAGCCAAGCACUAACAAGUCAUGUCGAGUCAAUUUAUCAAUACAGCCAACAAACUCGCCUUGAGGAGGAGAGGACAAGAGUGAGCAGUUUAGCAGAACAGGAUCACAGAAAACAUCCCAUAGCUUUUAUUAGUUUGCUGUUUUUAGAGGUCCCUUAGCCAAUAACAGCAUGCAGGGAGUAAAGUCAGGAAUUGCUAAAAAUGCAGUAUUGUUACGCUAGUUUACAUCACAUCAAAGAGAAGGUUAUUAUUGUCAAAGAGCUAGCUCUGAGUGCUUUGGUUUCAAACUGCAAACAGAUUAAUCUUAAUACUUUUCACUUUUGAAGUUGUAGGUGUACAUACUCAAGUAUCUAAGUGGCAUUUCUUUCAAAAAUGGACAGGUUUGAUGUCUUUUGUACUUUUAGAUCGAUACCUGCUACAUCUUUAACAGAUUUGGCUGAUUCAGUUGUUUCUUACAAUGUUGUUAAAGAUGUACUCAAUCAUCUUGUCUAUCCUAACAGGAAACUCCAUCCUCAUUAACAUAUUUGAUGCCAUCUUAAAACCUGUCAUGCCCAUCUUAAAAAAGUGAGUGUUUCUGACUAAAAUCAUCACUGAUCUUUUUCUCAGCAGCCUCUUUCCUUGUUUUUUUGAUGACUUGUGGUUGGUUUUUUUUCCUUCUCCUUCAGAAAAGUGAACUCUUUUCUGGACAAGAUGAACCCAACAGAACAGCAGAUGGCCGCUUACAUUGACACUCUGCGGGACAAACAGUGGCCGGACUGUCAAUUAGCCGCACCUUCUCCUCCCCGAACAGAGGAAGAGAAGAAUGAGACGAGAGACAGAGCACACAGCCUUAUCAACGCCAGAUGUACGGGAUACUUCUCUAGUCAGUACUAUUUCAAUUUUUAGAGUUUGAGAAGUUUUUUCAAACGUCUUUUUGAUUCCUCUGUAGAUUCAAACUAUCUCGUCCUAAAGAAGACGGACAUGGAGGCCGUUUUUAAUCUGUUCCAGGAACGUGACAACAAUAAAACACUUGUUUAUGUAAGUAUUUCAUCAGCAACUUACUGUCUUUUUAACUCAUUUGAUACAACUUUAACAGUUUUGUUUUAUGUUUUAUGGAUUUGCAGAUGCUGUUGUCAUUUCUGUUGAAAGAAUUUUUCCCCAACGAGCAUUCCCUAAACCUGAGCGCUGCGGCCUUACAGAAAGUGACCAACUAACUAGUGAAUCCUUUAAAUGUGUUUUAAUGGAAUUUUUUAUAUUGACAUUUUAGAAUAUCCAAUUAUUUAUUUAACUCCUCAAAUGCCUUAAAACACGUGUGACAUUGUCUGUAUCAGUGUCACAGUUUUUUCUGGGAAUUUUACCUCAAGCAAACUGUGAACAGUCUUUUUGUAUUUUUUAAAGAUGAAUUGUUUGUUGUGUGUAACCUCAUGUAAAAUCUGAAUCCUGCUUUGUGAGAGCCAGUUUUUUUUUUUAAAACAGUUUUUGUUGUUAGAUUGACAUUCAAAGUUGAACCUCACCCUUCACAUUAUACUGUAAAAGAAUUUGAAUUUUCUUUAACAUUUACUGUCACUUUGUGCACUUAUGUAUUGUGAACAUCGUGUAUUUUUUUUUUAACAUAAUUACACGUUGCAUAUAGUUGAAUGUCUCACAAAUGCUUAUUGUCAUCUAUCAAAAUGAAUGGGACCACUAUCUAAGGAAACUUGAAAUAGUGUUCAUGUAAAUAACUUUUUUGUUUCAAAUAAAAUAUUUUAAUAAACUUUUAAACUUUUAGUUUGGAGUUUAAUAAAUCCCAAAAUUAUAUCAGUUAAUGUAAGAUAUAUUACAAGUUGCUGAGAGAAGCAGACUUUUCUGCUGUGGAGCAAAAUUUAAGUGAAAGCAAAACCAGUUAAUCCUCCAAGGAAGUAUGAAGAGCUAUGUUAAAAAAUAAUUCAGCCACCUCAGUCAAAUAAAUGUUUUGGUUUCAUGCUGACCCUUAAAAAUGUUGCUUUGAUUAAGCAUCACGCUAGUAAUACAUUUGCAUCUAAAUGAAUAAGCUUUGCUAGUGAUUAAAUGAUAUUUCUACAUCUUUUUUAAAUGUUUGAUGCUCAGUUUUCACUUAUCAACUUUGGCCAAGUUUCCAUGACUACAUGGAAAUGCAUUUUCUGAUGCUCAAGCUAUUUGAUUAUGGGAGAGUAACAAAAUUAAUUGCAGGAUUAUUCUGGUCCAGGUCACAGAGGCGAUUAUUUUUUAGUCCAACAACACGAGUUAAUACAAGUUCCCCAGAGCCA